ACGACGAAGAAGAGGUCACGACGCAUUAGCUUGAUCGAGCUUAUUUGUCGAAGUGUACUUUAUGUUUAAACGGUAUAACGGAAAUAACUUUUACUUUAUUUGACUUUUUACAAUUACCCUUUGAACACAUUUCAGUCAAGACACAAUGGCGCAGUACAAAGGAGCGGCCAGUGAGGCGGGAAGAGCCAUGCAGCUCAUGAAGAAACGCGAAAGAGAGAGAGAGCAGCUGGAGCAGUUAAAGCAAAAAAUUGCAGAGGACAACAUUGUAAAAUCCAACAUUGAUAAAAAGUUUUCAGCUCAUUAUGAUGCUGUUGAGCAAGAGCUAAAGUCAAGCACUGUGGGUCUGGUGACUUUAAAUGAUAUGAAAGCAAAGCAAGAAGCCCUUGUAAAAGAACGAGAAAAACAGUUGGCCAAGAAGGAGCAGUCUAAAGAGCUACAACUAAAGUUAGAGAAGCAGAAAGAGAAAAAAAGAAAAGAGGAGCAAAAGAGAAAAAUUGCCAGUUUGUCUUUUAGUCCAGAUGAAGGUGAGGAGGUAGAUGAAGAAAAGAAUGAAGAUGAUGAUGACUACACCCCAGUUAAGAAAAAGAAGCUGGGGAAGAACCCUGAUGUUGACACCAGCUUUCUUCCAGACAGGGAACGAGAGGAGGAGGAAAAUCGUUUGAGGGAGGAACUUAGACAGGAAUGGGAGCGGAAACAGGAGAAAAUUAAGGGUGAAGAAAUCGAAAUCACUUUCAGUUACUGGGAUGGAUCUGGACACCGGAAGACAGUCAAGAUGAAGAAGGGCAAUACUAUUCAGCAGUUUCUCCAAAGAGCCUUGGAGGUUCUGAGAAAAGACUUCAGCGAAUUGAGGUCUGCUGGAGUGGAGCAGCUUAUGUACAUUAAAGAGGACUUGAUCAUUCCUCAUCACCACAGCUUCUAUGACUUUAUUGUGACAAAAGCUAGAGGCAAAAGUGGACCACUUUUCAGUUUUGAUGUUCAUGAUGAUAUCCGAUUGGUAAAUGAUGCUACGGUUGAAAAAGAUGAGUCUCAUGCAGGAAAAGUUGUUCUGAGGAGCUGGUAUGAGAAAAACAAACACAUAUUUCCUGCCAGCCGCUGGGAACCUUAUGAUCCCGAAAAGAAAUGGGACAAAUAUACGAUCCGGUGAGGUGGCUCUUUGGAUCCAUGUUGUGUUCAGAUGUUGGUUUUUUUUUUCUUCCCCCUAGAAGAAGCCAUUCAAGCAACAUGUAAUUUUAUUUUGCUCUUUUUAAAAUGUUUGUUUUACAAUUGCAAUGUACUUAUGAGCAGUUUCUUUAUACAGUCACAUUUCUCAAACAGCUUAAACACAGUGGAUAAACAUAAUUUUAUGACAUUAAUGGAGUGUAGUUAAAAAUUUACUUUUUUGUUAUUUAAUUUAAAAAGAAACUAGAAACUCAUUCUAGAUCCUUACACAUAAAGUGAAACGUCAAGGCUAUUUUUUUUUUCUUUAAUUCUGAAGGUUACAGCUUAAUGCUUAUCAAAAUAAAGUCAGACUUUGUCAUGAUUUAUUUUGUCAAGGUGUAUUAUAUUUGCUUUUUUUCAACAUUUUGUAUUCGUCUAGUGUCAUAAAUAAAUGAAAGUUACUUGCG